ACAGAUCAAUUCCAUGGGUAUGGAGUCCUUACCUCACGAGAUUCUUCAGGAUAUUUUUGCAAAGCUUCCACUUCAGUCUAUGAUGCGAUUCAAGUGCCUAACCAAACGGUGGACUCUUCUUUUUUGUAAUUCUAAACUCAUCAAAGCCCACCUCAAUGACAAGGAUUUCGUUCUUCAUUGCGGUAUUUAUGAAUUCCCACAAUUGUUUCGAUUAAGGUUCACUACUUCGGACAGUGAUGAAGGGAGUUUCGAAGCAGUAGACCUUGAAUAUCCCACGGAGACAUUAGGCUUAAUCAAGCAUGUGUUGCAGUGUGAUGACAUCUUGUGCAUAUUCACAUUCGAACCCUAUGCUGUGGUUUGGAACCUAAGAACCAAGGAACAUGAGAGAUUUCCAAUGCCAGAAAAAGGCAAUCCGGGAUGCGAAGAUUUUGGAUUUGGCUAUGAUUCUACCACUGAUGAUUACAAGGUCAUAUACAGCCCACAAAAGAAAGGAAAGAAGAGAGAGAUAUGGAGUUUGAGGUUGAAAAUUGGUUACUGAAAUGUUGGUGUGAACAACGUACCAUACUCAUUAAGUACCUGCAAAAAAGGAGAAAAAGCAGUAACUGUCAAUGGCUGCCUCUAUUGGAUUGCUAGGAGAAAGUAUUAUCAUGCAGUGAGAACGAAUACCGUAGUGAUCUUAUGUUUUGAUUUGAAGGGUGAUAGUCUGAGAGAAGAAACAUCUCUAUCCGACGAUAGCAUAUUCACU